AUGCCCGUGGCAAUAACGUGGGCCUUUUUCACGCUGUCCUCGCUGCUCAUCCCAGCAGAGUGUGGCUUCUGUAACAGCUACAGCCACAUGCACACAGUAUUGAACCCGGAAGCAAAUAAACUGACCCAGCUGUGUGGGCCGGGAUCUGAUCAGGUUUCCCCUGACGGCAAAACUGGACUCCCAGUGGUCUUUGUCGCAAUUUGGGCAACUUUAAGGGCCACAUUAGCCGACACAGAAUGCUGGGAUUUAAGUGCCAGAUAUUUCAAGUGGUUCAUUCAAGUGCCAAUUCUAAUAACUGUGAUGGCAAACUUUAUCCUUUUUAUCAACAUUAUCAGAGUUCUAGCAACGAAACUCCGAGAAACAAACGCGGGGAGAUGCGACGCGAGACAACAAUACAGGAAGCUGCUGAAAUCCACCCUGGUCCUGAUGCCUUUGUUUGGAGUUCAUUAUAUUGUUUUUAUGGCCGUGCCGUACACAGAAGUGACAGGGAUUCUCUGGCAAAUCCAGAUGCACUAUGAAAUUCUCUUCAACUCUUUCCAGGUACGGGAUUUCCUCAGUGCUUCUGCCGAAAGGGCCGUCACCCUGUUUUCCAAGACGAUCUUUCUCACCGCCGGAGU